GGCCGGGUGGUGUCGGUUGGUGUCGGUCCGUCCUGCACUGGGCACGGCCGGGCUGGGCCGGGCCGGGCGGUGCCGCCAUGAGCUCCGGCGGCACGCUGAGCAUCCUGCGCAGCGACUCCUACGCCGAACUCAGCCAGUACCGGGACCAGCAUUUCCGGGGGACGCGGUACGACCAGGAGCGGCUGCUGAGGAAGAGCUGCACACUGUACGUGGGGAACCUCUCCUUCUACACCACGGAGGAGCAGAUCCACGAGCUCUUCGGCAAAAGCGGCGACAUUAAGAAGGUCAUCAUGGGGCUGGACAAAGUGAAGAAAACCGCCUGUGGCUUCUGCUUCGUAGAGUAUUAUGCCAGAGGAGAUGCUGAAAAUGCAAUGCGAUACAUCAACGGGACCAGGCUUGAUGACAGGAUCAUAAGGACAGACUGGGAUGCAGGGUUUAAGGAGGGUAGGCAGUAUGGCCGUGGACGAUCAGGGGGGCAGGUAGGUUGUUGUACAGCCUGGGCUUUUAAGGGAAUGGUGCCUUUGCCAAACUUCUUGAUUUUGAAUGAACACAGAAAAAUUUCAGAAAUAGCAGCUUAGGAGUUGUUGUUUAAGAUAACACUGGAAGUCAUCUGAUCAAUGGCAGUAUAAUUCACUAGGAAUAAAUAACUCCUUCCUACAUUUCACGAGAAGUACUUGCAGAAACAUCUCUUGGCUGCCUGGGGAGAAAAUGCUUUUAAGUAAGCCCAGAAAAAGUAAGGGGCUGUCAGGAACACACAGGACAGUAGUUGGCUUACCUCAAGUGGAGCAGGUGGCAGUGGCUUGUACUGCCAAAGCCCAAGGCUGGCCAUCCUUGCUUGGGCUGUGUUGAUUAGAGAGUCCCCAGCCAUGGUGAAAGAAGAAGUUGGUUUAUGCUGUUCUGGGCUUCUGCAUGAUGCACUUCACUUUCUGUUUGGCCAGACAGCUCCAUGUAGCCACUUAUAUGUUGUGAUGUCAGUAUGACUGUAUUCUUGUGCUGUAACAGUUUUUGAGAAAUUGUUUUUCCUUGUCUUUUCUGGACUUCCCUUUCUCCCUCCAUCGUUAGGUCCGAGAUGAGUAUCGGCAAGACUAUGAUGCUGGAAGAGGUGGCUAUGGCAAAACUGUUCAGUGCCAGUGACUCCUCAGCCUCUCAAGAGAACAAAAUCUGCAUAGUCAAUGUCCCCAGGCACAAAGUAGGUUUGUUACACACACUUCACAGAAACUCCUAUCCACAUUCCUGUGAGCACAUCCGAUGUUCAAUACCUCUUUGUUUUAAUACCAGGAUCCAAAGCAUUGCAGAGGACCUGGGAGCAAGGCUUUAAGCAUUAGUAUGCUGAGGCUUUGGUCUCAAAAUGCUGCUAUAACUUACUGAAAGGAGCAAAGAUGCAAUAUUGUGGUGCUUUUUUUUUUUUUUUUUCCUCUGGCAAAACUUGAUUAUUCUACUGGGUUUUGUUUACAUUGGGAUCACAGGGUAGACAGCAGUGAUAAAGGAUGAUUGGUGGAUGUUUCACAGAGGAAAGCAAGAGGCAAAGGGCCUGAAAAGGAAGUGGAAUUUAUAGGGAAAUUUUUCAGUUUCUAGAGAAGACUUCUAAGUUGCAGAUUUUCUGGUGUUAAGGAUUAGCAUCCUUUUCCACUGAUGCUGUUCCUGGAACCUUUACAUGAGCAGCCAUAAUAAGACAAAUCAGAUUGAGUUCAGGAACCGUGAAGUGAGAAGCAGCCAAGCAGAGAUCAGGAAGCAGACUGCUGUCUUCUACAAAUUACAGUUGUGAUUGCAUGACAGAGAAGAGCAAAUACAGGAAUUACAGUGCUAUUAUUUCACAGUUUGAGUAUUAGUAUUUUGCCCCAUCUGGUAGAUCUGUACAGCCUUCAUAUUUGAGGGCAGUAUCUUCCCUGUGCCGGUAAGGAUUGCAUGAAGCCGAUUACCCCCAGAAUGGGAUGAUUGAGGAACUGGGUUUAUAAUGAGAAAGUUUCUUCCCAAAACAGGUUUUCUGUUUGAGAAACUUGAUUUCAGACAACAUAAAAAUAGAAAUAAAAGAGUUUUGGGAGGAGUUUUGCUUUCUACUGAGCAUGUGAUAAGAAUGGUAAAAGGAUUUCAGGAUCAUGUAGUUUGUUAUGUUUUGGUUUUUCUCUUUCCCCGCUGGAUUCUAUUUGUACUGCUUGUUGAUAUGUUGGAAUUCUGAUGUCCUGCAGACAUUGGUUUAAAAAAUGUGAUCCUAAGAUCAAGGAAAAUGAAAUUGUUGAAAAAGAACUGUUAUAGGGCUUUGAAAUUUCUUCAUGGACUUCUGAGUUCCAUGUAAAUGGCAAUUACUAAAGUUUUGAGCAAAUACUUUGUUGCCCAUGACUCCUUAUAAACUUUCAAAGGUGUACAAAAGUAGAACUUUACUCACUGAAGGUAUUGUAGGAAAUUUUGAUGUGUUUCUUGCAUACAGUUAAUCACAACUGUUACUGUAAAUUGGAAGACAAGUGAGAUUGAACAGCUCCUUAUUUAGGAAAUGUGAGUUUGAGGUUUUUUGGCAUGUCAAGUAAAACUAGACUUUUGGGAUCAUUUGGUGCUGCAAAUAAGCUUUGAACAAAAUUAACUUUUCCAAUAUAGUAUAUUUGACUAUGAGUUUACAGCCUGUAAUCUGCUCUAGAGCGCUGCUGAAGUUUAUUUUUCGUUGUAUCAAUUUUGUAUAAAAAAUAUGUUACCAAAAACUUUAAAGUCACUUUCUUUUAAAUAAAGCUGCGACAUUAAAA